AGCUAGAAAAAUAAAGUCACGGAAUCGCAAAGAAAAUUUACAGGGAAGAAUACAAAAUCAUUCGUCAAGUCAACAUGACAAACUAGAGUUAAUUGGAAGAUAUUAUGAUUAUUGGGAAUAUCAGAAACUUCCUGGCUAUUGCUAGUUAGAAAAUUGAAGUGACGGAAUUGCCAAGAAAAUUCACAGGAAAGAAUACAAACUCAUUCGUCAAGUAAACAUGACAACUAGCGUUGCUGUAGCAUCGAUUUAAUUUUUUCGCCUUUUCUCUCCAUCUAUAAUAAUAUCCUCCCAAUUUGUAAACCCAUCAGCUCUUGCAAUGGCUGCGUUUUUCUCUAAACCAUGGAUCCAUGAUGUGUUCUUGAGCUUCAGUACCGACACCGGCAACAACUUCACCGCCCACCUCCUUUCUGCGCUAAAAAUGGCCGGCAUCAAUUCCUUGGGGAACGACGGUGAGAACUGUGGAAGUGAUGACUUGGCACUUGCAAUUCAAAAUUCAAGAAUUUCAAUAAUUGUUUUCUCCAAAAACUAUGCUGCAUCAAGGAGGUGUCUUGAACAGCUAGUGAAGAUCAUGGAAUGUCGAAAGACGAUUAGGCGGUUGGUUCUACCGAUAUUCUACGACGUGGAUCCUUCCGAUAUUCGGAAACAAAAUGGGGUUUAUGCAGAAGCUUUUGCUAAGUACGAACAACUUUUCGUGCCGGAGAAAGUGAUGGAGUGGAGGGCGGCAUUGACUGAUGCAGCCAAUUUAUCUGGGUGGGAUCUAAGGAAUACUGCAGAUGGGCACGAAGCAAAAUUUAUCAAGAUAAUCGUUGGAGAGAUUAUGAGAGAAGUUAACAGCACUUAUUUACAUGUGGCCACCUACCCAGUCGGAAUAGAUCCACGAGUUCAGGAUAUAAAUCUAUUGUUGAAUGUUGGAUCAGAUGAUGUUCGCAUGGUGGGAAUCUGCGGAAUGGGUGGAAUUGGUAAAACAACCAUCGCGAAGGCUGUUUACAAUCAAUUGUUUCAUAGUUUUGAGGGGAAAAGUUUCCUUGCAAAUGUCAGGGAAACCGCUAAGCAGCCAAAUUGGCAAAUACGUCUGCAGAAAAACCUACUUUUUGAUAUCCUGAAAGAUGACAAGAUGAAAAUCAACAGUGUUGAUAUGGUAAAGGAAAUACUUUCUCAAAGAAGGGUCCUUGUAAUUCUUGAUGAUGUAGACCAAUUGGACCAACUGAAUGCAGUAGCUAGAAAUCGUGAUUGGUUUGGUACGGGGAGCAGGGUCAUCAUCACAAGUAGAGAUCAACAAUUGUUAAAGAAGAUGAAAAUGGAUGAAGUAUACAUGGCAAAAGAAUUGGAUGAUGCUGAAUCUAUUGAACUCUUUAGCUGGCAUGCCUUCAGGAAAAUUUAUCCUGUCCAGGAUUAUGUUGAAUUGUCGAGAGGUAUAGUCAAUCAUUCAGGAGGACUGCCGCUAGCUCUUGGAGUUCUGGGGUCAUUUCUAUAUGGUAGAACGAUAAAUGAAUGGAGAAGUGCAUUAGAAAAGUUGAGAACAAUUCCUCACAGCCAAAUUCAGGAUAAACUUAGAAUAAGUUAUGAUGGCCUGAACAAUGACAAAGAAAAGGAUAUGUUCCUUGAUAUAGCUUUUUUCUUUAUUGGAAUGGACAAAUACUAUGUUGUUCAAAUUUUAGAUGGUUGUGGCUUCUUUGCAGAAAGUGGAAUAAGCCUUCUUAUGCAGCGGUGCCUUGUGACAAUUAAUGAGGAUAACAAGUUAGUGAUGCAUGAUUUGCUUCGAGAUAUGGGGAGAGAUAUUGUUCGUGAAUCAUCACCAAAGGACCCUGGAAGACGUACCCGAUUGUGGCUUCAGAAAGAAGUUAUUGACGUCUUGGUUAAACAUAGGGGAACAGAAUCUAUUGAAGGGCUAAUCCUAGAACUUCCAGGGUCGAAUGAUGUUAAGUUAGAUACAAAAGCAUUUUCCAUGAUGCAGAGACUAAGACUGCUUCGACUGACUGAUGUACAAUUUAUUAGAGGCUGUGAAAUGUUUUCCAAAGAGUUGAGAUGGCUCUGUUGGCGCAGAUUUCCUUGGAAGUUCGUACCAAACAACUUUUAUCUGGAAAACCUUGUUGCAAUGGAUAUGCGCUGUAGCAAUUUAAGGCGAGUUUGGAAUGAUUGCAAGUUUCUCGGGAAGUUGAAGUUUCUCAAUAUGAGUCACUCACAGUUUCUCACGCAUACUCCUGACUUCUCAAAACUCCCUAAUCUCGAGAGGUUAAUACUAAAAGAUUGCAAAAGUUUGGUCGAGAUUCACCAAGCCAUUGGACAACUUGAUAAACUUGUUCUAGUAAACUUGAAGGAUUGCAAGAAACUUAAGAAUCUCCCAGCAAGCUUCUCCAAGCUGAAGUCCCUUGAAACUCUCAUUCUUUCUGGCUGCUCAAGGUUUAACAAAUUGCCCGAAGACUUGGGGGACUUAGAAUCAUUGAUAUCCCUUAUUGCUGAUAACACUGCUAUAGCACAAGUACCACUUUCCAUAGUAAGAUUGAAGAGCCUCCAAAAAUUAUCUCUUUGUGGCUGUAAGGUAUCUCCAAUUAAUUCAUUGCCUUCUCUCUUGCGGUCUUGGGUUUCAUCACGAAAAAAUCCUACCCCCACCAACCUUUUGCCUGCUUCAUUGAAUGGUCUAGGCUCGCUAAGAGUGUUGUUGCUCGAAGAUUGUAAUCUAUCGAAUGAUGCACUCCCAAAAGAUAUCGGGAGUACUCUUCCCUUCCUUGAGGAUUUGGAUUUGAGUCGCAAUUGUUUUCAGUAUCUACCGGACAGCUUUAGUGGCCUUGCUAAUCUUAAAGUCUUGAAUAUAAGCGAUUGCGAUAGGCUUGAGUCAAUUCCUGAUCUACCAGUAGGUUUGGAAUCAUUGUAUGCAAGAUAUUGCACGUCGUUGGAAAGAACGCAAGAGCUGUCGAAAUGCUCAAGUUUGUCAGCGCUGAAUCUUGUUCAGUGCCACGACCUCGUCGAGGCUCCAGGCCAGGAUAAGUUGAUGUCUCUUAAAUACGUUUUCAUGGACGGAUGCAAAAAAAUCUCCAAUACUUUAAAGGAGAGCAUCCUACAGGUAUGCGCUGUGAAUUAUGUUGGUUUCGUUUAUCUUCCAGGGACUGAGAUCCCUGAUUGGUACAGCUAUGUGAAUGAAGGUCCUUCAGUGUCUUUUCAGAUUCCCAAAUUUGUUGAUAAUGAAUUGAAAGGUUUUACUUAUUGCGCUGUUUAUUCAUCUAUUCUAGACAAUAUGGAAUCUGCUGGUCGUGAGUGCUAUAUGACAAUUUUUAAUUAUACCAAAUGUGUCAAAAAAAGGGUGGGAAUUGCAUUUGGUGGUGUUAGCAUCUCUGAAGAUCACCUGUGGCAAGGCUAUCGUUCAAGUGAGUCGUUGGAUUUGGAUUUUGAGGAUGAAGUAGAGGUUUUCCUACAUUUGGGUGAUGAAUUUACCAUAAAGAAGACUGGUGUCUGCUUAGUAUAUGAGAAGGAUGUGAAUAUUGAGUACAAAUCCAAUUUAAUUACUGACAAUGAAGAUGAAGUAAACGAGGAUGCAGGUGAAGGUGUUACGGACAAGAGAGGGCGUGAUGGGGAUGGGGAUGAAGCUGGACCUAGCCAUGGCUGGUCUAAAAGGUUAAGGUAUGAAACUAAUGUUGGAUAUGAGCAGCACUGAUGAUGAAGAAUGCAUGGCUUUGUUAAAGAAGGUUGCAUAUUGAGGUUAUAAUCAGUGUAUAAUUGGAAAUAUGUUGACAUAU